AUGGCGGACAAGCACACGAUUGUGCUGAUGCAGCCUAGCCCCAACAAGUCGAGCCGGACAUUCGUGGAUUACAACAGCGUGGACAAGGCCAUUGACGGCAUCUGCAACGAUUUUGAGCGGCGGUUGCGAGAGCUCAAUCCGCAGUUGCGCAGCAUCACGUACGACAUUGGGGACUUGUAUAGCUGGAUCGACAACAUGCCAGACCUGAGCGCACUGGUGUUUGAGAAGCAGAUCAUGGCAUACAUCCCGUGUGGAAAAGAAUGGAUAAAAUCUAAGGCAUUCACGCACCUGCGGCGGCUGGCAGACCAGGCGGGACGGUGA